CAAAUAAUAAUCAUAAUUUAAGACCACUUUCCUUCUACUUGCACUGAAUGCGCUUCACUGUUCUUGGCUCUCAUUGCUGCACAAGAGAAAAGAACGGAAAGCAGAAAGGAAAUGGGUAUAUGGGACUUCAUUUCUUGGUCAACUGACUCAAUCAAGGGCCUUUGGCAGAGCUCUUAUGAUCAUAGUCGCGCAGCGGUCACCAAGGUCGACAGUGUAAGAAUUGAUGCUGUGGAAAAGGUGAGCCAGCACUUGUCUGAUCCUGAAACCCGGUCAAAAAUAUCCAGGGUAGCAACCGAUGUUGCCAUGAAUGCUACCAUCGAGGGCCUCAAAGUAAUCCCUGGUGCAUUUCCAACUUAUAAAAUUGUCUCGGAAUCAUUACAUGAUGACAAGAAGUCAAUGAAUGAGAACAAGUCCAAGGAACAGGAAGAAGGUUUGAAGGCAUUGCAAGCGACAGUAAGCAGACUGGAGAAAGAAGUCAGUGAUCUGCGUGAGCAAGCAGGGAUCCAACAGCAUGCUGUUGAGACAAAGCCUCAAAACACAAACUCGGCUGAUCCGAAACCAAAGAUAUGAUUCCAGUCUUCAUGAUGAAGGAAUUCAUCAGUAGCCAUCUUUUGUGGAUGAUUUAAAAGUUCCUGGUGUCAAGGUCUUAGGAGAAUCCUGAUUAGAAAGAAUAUCAAGUAUGAUCGGCACAAUAAUUGAUCUUUUGUGUGAAAUUUUUCUUGUUUCCGACAUGUUUGUUUAGUUACAAGGCAAUCUUCAAGUCAGGGUGAACUCUGUCGAGGAUGAAAAUAUUUGUGAAUGUACUAAUGCCUUCAUGGCAUAAAGUUUACGGUUUAAUCAGAACAUUAAAGCAACUUUUCCAGAUUU